AUGGCUACCCUGCUCCGCAGCAAGCUGACCAAUGUGGCCACGUCCGUGUCCAACAAGUCCCAGGCCAAGGUGAGCGGCAUGUUUGCCAGGAUGGGGUUUCAGGCGGCUACGGAUGAGGAGGCGGUGGGCUUCGCGCACUGCGACGACCUCGACUUUGAGCAUCGCCAAGGCCUGCAGAUGGACAUCCUGAAAUCAGAAGGCGAGCCUUGCGGAGAGGAAGGCGCCGAGCCGCCCGUCGAAGGAGACAUCCAUUAUCAGCGCGGCGGCGCUCCUCUGCCACCGUCUGGCUCCAAGGACCAAGCCGUGGGAGCUGGUGGCGAGUUCGGGGGUCAUGACAAGCCUAAGAUCACAGCGUGGGAGGCGGGCUGGAACGUGACAAACGCCAUUCAGGGCAUGUUUGUGCUGGGCCUACCCUACGCCAUCCUCCACGGCGGCUACCUGGGGUUAUUCCUCAUCAUCUUUGCUGCAGUGGUGUGUUGCUACACCGGCAAGAUCCUCAUCGCAUGCUUGUACGAGGAGAACGAAGACGGCGAAGUGGUGCGCGUGCGGGACUCUUAUGUGGCCAUAGCCAACGCGUGCUGUGCACCCCGUUUCCCCACGCUGGGUGGCCGCGUGGUUAAUGUGGCCCAGAUCAUCGAGCUGGUGAUGACGUGCAUCUUGUACGUGGUGGUGAGCGGCAACCUCAUGUACAAUAGCUUCCCGGGGCUGCCCGUGUCGCAGAAGUCCUGGUCCAUCAUCGCUACGGCCGUGCUGCUGCCCUGCGCCUUCCUGAAGAACCUCAAGGCCGUUUCCAAGUUCAGUCUGCUGUGCACGCUGGCCCACUUCGUCAUCAACAUCCUGGUCAUCGCUUACUGCCUCUCGCGCGCGCGUGACUGGGCCUGGGAGAAGGUGAAGUUCUACAUCGACGUCAAGAAAUUUCCCAUCUCCAUCGGCAUCAUCGUGUUCAGCUACACGUCGCAGAUCUUCCUGCCCUCCCUCGAAGGUAACAUGCAGCAGCCCAGCGAAUUCCACUGCAUGAUGAACUGGACGCACAUCGCCGCCUGCGUGCUCAAGGGUCUCUUCGCGCUCGUCGCCUACCUCACCUGGGCCGACGAAACCAAGGAGGUCAUCACCGACAACCUGCCCGGUUCCAUCCGCGCCGUGGUUAAUCUCUUCCUGGUGGCCAAGGCGCUGCUGUCCUACCCGUUGCCCUUCUUCGCGGCCGUCGAAGUGCUGGAGAAGUCUCUCUUCCAGGAAGGCAGCCGUGCCUUCUUCCCCGCCUGCUACGGAGGCGAUGGUCGCCUCAAGUCGUGGGGGCUGACGCUGCGCUGUGCGCUGGUGGUCUUCACGCUGCUCAUGGCCAUCUACGUGCCGCACUUCGCGCUGCUCAUGGGCCUCACCGGCAGUCUCACGGGCGCCGGCCUGUGCUUCCUGCUGCCCAGCCUCUUCCACCUGCGCCUGCUCUGGCGCAAGCUGCUGUGGCACCAGGUCUUCUUCGAUGUGGCCAUCUUCGUCAUCGGCGGCAUCUGCAGCGUGUCCGGCUUCGUGCACUCACUCGAGGGCCUCAUCGAGGCCUACCGAACCAACGCAGAGGACUAG